GUUAUAGAGGAUGGAUGAAAGUAGUGCUAGUGGAGGUGGAAGGGGAAAAAACAAACGAUUUUGGACUGCCCAAGAAGAUAAGGCUCUUGUGGAAGCCUUGUCAGAGUUAGCUGUUGAUCCUCACUGGAGGUGUGAAAAUGGAUUUAGAAGCGGCUACAUGGUUCGCUUAGAGGAGCUCAUAGGUAAGGCUCUUCCUGGUUGUGGUUUGAAGGCUCUGCCACACAUUGAUUCUCGACUUAAGACACUUGUAGCCAAGUUUAGGGCUAUUUCUCAAAUGUUAAAUACAAGUGGAUUCGUCUGGGAUGAUGAAAAAAAAAUGAUUUCUGUAGAUCGGGCUGUUUAUGACGAGUAUUGCAAGAAUCAUCCGAAUUGCAAAAACCUGUUUGGAGUUUCAUUUCCGCACUUUCAUGAACUAAUGAAUGUUUACGGCAAGGAUUACGCUACCGGAAAACCAGCUGAAGAUUAUGUUGAAGCAAUACAGAAUUUGCAAAACGUUGCCCCUCCACAAGUUACACUUGAUUCAAGUGAUGAUGAGGGAAUUGAUGCUAGUGGUAAUGCCACUCAAACUGUUACUUCUCCUCCUGCUAAAAAAAUUAAAACUGAAAAAACUUCUAAUAAAAGAAGUAAGAGAGGAAAUGCUGGUGAAGGUAGUUCUAAUGAGUUGGCUAGCUUACAAGCAUUCAUGAAAGACAUGAAUGUUCAUCUUUCAACUAUGGCAAAUGUGAUAGCCCGCACUGAUGAUCGUGAGCAAAAAGUAGUUGAACAGACUGAGAAAGUGUUAGAGGAACUACUAUCUUUUAAUUUAGAAGGUGUAACUCCUAACCAAGUUUUUGAAGUGGCUAACAUUCUAACCUCACAACCAAACAAGCUCCUCAUAUUUUCAAAGUGUCCCGACGCUUUGAAAAGUGAUUAUGUUAAGAGUCUUCUUGGAGGAAAUAGUAAUGCUUAGAUCUAAUGUUGUGGUUCCAUGAAUGAUUUUGAAAAGGACUAGAACACUUUUCGUAUGUAUUUUGAUCUACAAACAAGUCAUUAUAUGUAAUUAAUCGAGCUACGUUGUUAUUAUUUAGAGUUAUGUUUUUUCAAAAAAUAAUUUUUUCAAGUUUAUCAUAUAACAACUACUUAUUUUUGGAGAAAAUAUAAAAGAAUUUAAAAAAUCAAAUUUUGAUUCCUUAGCUUGAACCAAACAGUCACAAAGGGAAUCAUUCAGCAGUUCAUUCCGUUUCCUGAACACAACCAAACAACUAGGCUAAAUUAGGGGAAUCCAUUUCUUUCUCCUUCAUUCCCUUUCCUGAUUCCAUUCCGAUUCCCUUGUGCGAA